GUGCUUGUGCAUAGCUGCUGUUUGCACACAAGACCAUGAGCGAUGAUUCGUCCCAAGGUGUUGCCCCUGACCACGACAACUGGCCCCGCGUCCGUGUCCAUCCCAACAACCAGGACGCGCGUGCAUCUACCCAGCUCCAGUCCUUUAGCUCAUCACCCUCAGCGGCCUGUUCAAAGAGCCUUCCUGGGUCGGGGGACGCGACAUCGCAAGCUUCAGGCGCCUCAAGCCCUGCCGGAGGACAGCACGGUGGUCGGCACGGAAUGGCUCCGGCGAAACCUUGAGGAAGACAUCCGCAUCUUUGAUGCACGCGGAAACGCCGGCGCCCACCUCUGGCCUGCAGCUGCUGGCGCUGCCGCUGCUGGUGCCGCUGCUGCUGCUGGUGCCGGGGCCGCGGGGUCCCAGGCGGGCGGGGCCCUGGCGGCGGACUAUGACAGCUACCUGGAGGGACACGUGCCGGGAGCCGUGUUUGUGAACUGGACGCGCGACGGCGCCUGCUACACAGCCAUGGCGGCUGCAGGCGAGGAGCAGGGGGAAGAGGAGGAGGGGAAAGAGGAGGCCUCGUCAAGCGGCCAUCAGACAUCGGGAGGGUGGCGGCGGCGGCUGCCGCGGCCGCAGGGCUGCGGCGGCGGGUGGCGGGUGCUGGCGGCGCAGUCGGACCCGGACAUGUACGUGCCGUGCUUCGAGGCGCGAGGGCUGUCAGCAGAGCAGCCAGUCGUGGUGUACGACGACGGCGGCAGCAUGACGGCGGCACGUGUGUGGUGGAGCCUGCUUCUGUACGGACACCCGCGGCCGUACAUUCUGGCGGGCGGCUGGGACGCGUGGCGGGCGGGCGGCGGCGGGUCGGAGCUGUACGAGCCGUGUCCCCUCAAGCUCUCCACCACAUUUGAGGCGGAGCCGCAGCCCCAGUACCGGGCGAGUGUGGAAGAAUUCGUGGCGGCAGCGGAGCGGGGAAUAGCAGCAGCAGUAGCCGCAGGCCCCGGGGCCGUUGCUGUCCUGCUACUGCCAGAGGGCGUGCGUCAAGCGGACGCUGGGCCGCUGCCAGCGGGGCUCCGGACCGUGGCCCUGUCAGAGCUCCUGCCGUCGGCGGGCUCUACUGUGGCGGGAGGGUUAGGAGAUGCGGGUGCCCGGCUGCUGGAGGGGGCGGCAGCAGUGGCGACGGCAACGGAGGGACAAAGGCGCGAGCGGCAGCGCGUGCUCAGGGCAAGGUUGGGCAGCGUGUUGGGGGUGACGGGGCUAGGCGAAGACAGCGGAGUGCGGCUGCUUCUGGCGUCGCCCCACGACGCAUCUUUGAGCGCGUGCGUUGUGGCAGCGGCGCUGCGGGCAGCAGGCCACAGCGAAUGGGCAGUGUGCGAUUCUUUGUAGCACCUCUUUCAGGUCGCCUUGGUGGAUGGAAAGAACCUUAAGGCCAUCGAAGGGUCGCCAUCCGUGCUGUAAUGGGCCGCAUGCCUAGGCUACCAAGGAUGUUUGGGAAGUGUUGUGGAAGGGGGCUUGACUUCGGGCGGCCUAGACGCGCCCGCUUCCGAAUCGUGUACGGCAACUGUCCUAGUUGGCGCCCAAUCUGCUCUUUCCCGACGCAAUAUCCGCAACCUGGGGCCGCCCGCGCUCCCGCCCGCAUUUAA